AUGGUCGGUGAUGUCAGUGGCACCAAGAGCCUCGAGACCAUUGGAGAUAUCGGUGAGGCGACCAAAGCUCUGGGAGCACCAAAAUAUCCGAUCCGCCACCGCAAGCACCGCCUGAGCGGCAACACCUGCGCCCCUCUCUCUCUCUCUCUCUCUCUCUCUCUCUCAACCCCAGGUGUACCGCGCCGCGGCGAACGCCGGCGAGAUGGCAGGGCCCCUCGCGCGGGCAAUGCCAGCGACGACCGCAUCAACGAACUACCGGAAGUACUCCUCUCGGACAUCCUCUCUCGCCUCGGCACUGCAGAGGCGGCCCGCACCGUCGUCCUCUCCACGCGCUUCCGCGGCGCGUGGCUCGCGACCCCCCUCCGCCUCGACGACCUCGAGCUCCCCGUCCCCGCACGCGGCAAGGUCCCCUCGAUCCAGCCCUGGACGGCGCGCGCCGACGUCGUCACCCGCGCCCUAGCCUCCCACCCCGGCCCCGUCGCGCUCUUCCGCCUCUCCCGGACCUCCUUCCGCGGCCGCGUCGACGCGGCCGAGGCCUGGUUCCGGCAGCUCGCCGCCAAGCACGCCCGCGAGGUAUCCCUCUUCUUCUCGCCCGAGUGGUGCCACGACGCGCUCGCCGACCCCCUUCUCGGCUGCCCAACCCUCCAGGUCCUCGCCCUUGGCAAGUGCCACCUCUCCGACGCCGGGGCCUCGGCCGUCGCCGCCGCUGCCCUCACCGAGCUCACCCUGUCGGAAACCUGCAUUUCCGAGGCCGCCCUUCAGAGCGUACUCUCCGGCUGCCCCGCGCUGCGCAGCCUCGUGCUCAAGCACGUCAAUGGCCUUCAGCGCAUCCGCGUCUGUUCUUGCCGCAGCCUCGUUCUGCUCGGCGUGUGGCACUACAAGCAGGUCGACGAGAUCACCGUGGAGGAUGCUCCUUGUCUGGAGCGCCUUCUCGGCAAUAUGCGUCUGAAUGCAGCCAUUACCGUCACCGGCGCGCCAAAGCUUACUGCUUUUGGCUAUGCCGUGGUCAGCAUCCCGCAUUUGUUCCAUGGCGAGCGUGCGCCGCAGGGCGUCAGCAAGGGUCUGCGUGCCCCGAUCCAUAGCGUGAAGAUCCUGGCUAUCACUGUGAAGUUCUCAAGCAAGAAGGACAUGGAGAAGGUGAUGAGCUUACUCGAGUGCUUUCCCUGCUUGGAGACUCUGCAUUUCCAGUCCUCUGAUACUGAUUACAGGUCAGGUGCAGACGAGGACUACACCACUGUCUCUGACUACAUCCAGCAGCGUUAUCCCAUCAGAGCACAUGUGCUGCAGUUCAUGAGGAUUCAGUCCAAGAUGUGUGGCGUUCCAAAAUGGGUUACGAGCCAGCAAAAUCUGCUCAGCCAAAGCAACAUGGCCUCCUUGGAAGCUGAGGUCGUGUUUGAGGGUAUGAAACGACUUAAGGACUUCACCAUAGAAGGUGUGGAUGCUCUAUCCGACCCCUUUGAUGGUGAAAUCAACAUCUUGGAGCACUAAGCAAACUUUGAAUGUUUACUUGUUGAAGUUUCACUUCGUCAUCCAUGAUGCGCCGGCUGGCCUUUUGGUUAUGUUCAGUUGAGUUCUGACUCUAGAUUCCAGACUAUCAUUUUGGCCGGAAUUUAAGGUUUCAUGUUGAAAAAGUUUAUUAUUAAUGA